UACAGACUCCGGGAACAACAGGUGUGAUUGUGCUUUUCCAGCAAUUCUUCAUUUUCUUACACCCAUGAGCUGGCAUUCGCAGCAGGAACAGCCGCUAACGUGGCAGUACACGGCUGCCUCCAUUCUCAAGUUCGACGUGCGCAUUCUGCACGCCAUAGGCGUUUGGGCUCUGCCGGUGACGAGAGUUUAUCGAGCGUACACGGGCAUCAUCCUCGUUCUGGUGGUGGCGUACUCCGUCGAAGCCGUGAUCCACAUCGGGUUAGUGCGCUUCAAUCUCGACGAUGUCACGCUCGCCGUGUCCACGUACGCGGUGAUCGUUAGCAGCACGGGCAAACUUCUGUUCUUCCUCCACCACGAGCCCGGCUACUGGCGCCUGGUGCGGUGGCUGGACGCGCUGGUGGCCGACCAGAAGCAGAUCUGUGAGGAGCGGCCUCCGCUGCAGGCGAUAUUCGACAGGGCCCAGAAGCGCGCCACUCGCUUCACGCACGCCCUGCGCAUAUACAACACUUCGCUGAUACUGGCCUGGGUGUUCACACCGCUGAUGGCCCCGCCUGGACAGAGGCCGUUGCCAUUCCAUCAGCUCCCACUGUCGGAGACGGACGAUUUCCCGCUCUACAUCGCAUCCUAUUUGUUGCAGUCCGUCUGCAUGCUCUACAUGAGUUUGGUCAGCGGCAGUAUGGACGGCUUCUUCACGGCGGUCAUGAUCCACACGGCUGCGCAGUUUAGAAUUCUGGCCUGGCGCAUUGCUGAACUCCGGCAGAAUAACGAGGGGCGAAAACAGCAGGCAAGAUCCGAUGUCUAUGAGAAAUCUCGAAAGGCUGCGGAGACUGACGACGUGUACGAAGAACUGCGUCUUUGCAUCCGAACUCACCAGGAAAUUACAAGCUUUGCCGCACACCUGGAAAGUGUGAUGAAAUCUAUUGCAGCUCUGCAAUUAGUUACUGGGGUCAUGAACGGUUGCUUGAUGAUAUUCCCAACAGCAGCUAGCUCCGAGAGCGGCGCCUCGCUGCUCAAGUGCGUAGCCUGCGUGCCCACCAUCAGCGCUCAGGUCCUCAUCUACUGCCUUGGAGCUCACUCUGUACAGGAGCAGAGCGAGGCGGUGUCGCAGGCGGCGUACGACUGCGGCUGGCCGGACACCAGCCCGCGCUGCCGGCACGCGCUGCUGGUGGUGAUGGCGCGCGCCAUGAAGCGAGUCACGCUCACCGCGGGCGGCAUCUACGCCAUAGAGAGGAGCACCUUCCUCUCGUUGCUGAACGCUGGAUACUCCUACUACGCGCUGCUGAAGAACUUCAACAGUCGCUAACAACACAACAUACUGCUGGCAAGAGUGCUUGGCAACACAGACACUGAACAAGAUAACUCUCUCCUGGCUGACAACUCACCUGCAACUGAUGAUAAAUCCGCAGCUACUGAUCUUCCCUGCACGAACAGUGAAUGAAAAUGAGGUCAGCUUCUGCUUCGGUGCCAGCUACCGGUCUCGCUGAUUUCAUCAACCCACAAGACGAAAAGUGGUCUUUGCACGCUAGAUUAUCCGCCUUCACUCUAAUACUAGUGGACUAGCCGUAGAUUAAUGCACGUUACGAAGCGGCUACGCUGCACUGAAAUCAAAAUAAAUGCAUUUAUAGCGGGUGCUCAUACUCGUCUACUGUUUUAAU